GAGAAACCAAAGAAGCACACAGAAUCAAAUAGUACGUACUGAUUCAGCAGAACUGGCUGACUGUGCAGCAGUCAUCAUGAGUAGGCACAGGGUAAUCAGUUUCUUAACGUAUGUAUAAGAUAAAAAGGUUCAGACAAGGAACUGGGUGGUAUUUUUCUGACAAAUGGAGAACUAUUUCCAAGCAGAGGCAUAUAACCUUGAUAAGGUUUUAGAUGAAUUUGAACAAAAUGAAGAUGAUGCUGUUUCACCUCCGUUAUUGGAUGUAAAGUGGAAUCAGGUUCUAGAUCCCCCUUCUCAUCGGCUGUCAUGUAAUCCAGCUCUUUCCAGUGUGAAUGAAGCUUCAGUUCCUAAUGAGUGUCAACAGAGAUUAAAAUCUUUCUCCCUGGCUCAUUCAACCACCACCUCACCAGGAGGAGAGGGGGAUUGUUGUGCUAAUGGAAUGGAUCUUAGUAUAAAUCCAGAGACGCCAACUGUGUGGAUUGAUGAUCAGGCAACAGCAGAUGAUCAUUUAAUGAAGAGAAAUAGUAAUCAGGAUGAUCAGUGUAAUACUAUGGAAACAGGAGAAAAGAAAUGUGGAAAUACAGCCUGCUUGCCAGAUGAGAAAAAUGUUCUUGUAGUGGCAGUCAUGCAUAACUGCGACAGAAGGACUCUACAAAGUGGCAAUUUGCCAGAUUGUAAAAAUUACAGCACUCAGUCCUUAAUGGACUCUAUUAACUUUACACUGGAUAAUGAAAACCGACAGAAUGAUCAGUUUGGUGUUACUGUAAAUGGAUCCACUGAAAAAGAUACAGAUACAGAAAAGCAAGGAGUACAGUUAAAUCGACUGUAUGCUGAGGCUGACUCUGUUAGCCAUUUGAUUAAUACUUCAGCUGAUAGUUUGACCAAUGCAUGCACCCCCCCACGAUUAAAGGAUGAUUUUAAUAUGAAUAGAGACUGUCUGUUCUCAGAGUCUACAAUUGCAGGGAUUAAUGCAGUGACCUUAUUGCAGAGACCAGUUGAUGGCACUCUUAAAACACAAGAGAGUUGUGCAUCAAUUGAGGAUUUUACUAACAAAGCAAUUACUCAAAGAAAAGACCUGGAAGCUAAAAAUUCUUCUCUUGGUUCAAGUAGUGGAAGCUUGUUAGAGGAAGCUGUAGAGAAGCAAACAUCUCAACUGUAUCCAUCUGGGUUACCGGUGCUCUCUGAAAUGUGUCAACCAAAUAUACCUGAAAGUGGCAAUUACAGUGAAUGCUUUGCAGAACGUCUUGCUUCUGAUAAUGUUAGUGCUGUGGAAGGCGAAGUAGGUGAAUGUGACAAAAUUCUCAGCACAAUUGAAUUGUUCAGCGUGGCAGAGUGUUUCCCUGAAUCUCAGGAGAUGACUAAUUGGGAAUUGACUAAACUGAAUGAGAUGAAUAAUAAGCAAAAUCAUGGAGAAAGUGAAAGACUUUUGCAGAUGAAAGAGCCUGAGAAGGCUUGCAAUAGUAGAAAAGGUGAAGAUGGGAUGAUGGAGGCAAGCAUGGACAUCAAGGGGACUAGCAUAGAUGAGCUUGAAGGAUCCAGUCUCUCUGAUGUUAUGGGUACAUCUGUAGCAAACUCUCUGUCUAAUGGUUGUGAUUCCUAUGGAAUGCAGAACCCAAUUGUUGCUCAUAUUCCAAAGACUUUACCCUCUAAAGAAGACUCAGUGACAGAGGAAAAGGAGAUAGAGGAAAGCAAGUCAGAAUGUUACACUAGUGUUUAUGAACAAAGAGGAAAUGAGGCUGCUGAUGGGAGUGGUCUUAUUUUAAAUAGCACUGGUGACCAAAUGAAGAAAAAUUAUUUACAUAAUAUCUGCAGUCAGGUACCAGCUGUGCAAGGGCAAACAUCACCAAAACCGGUAACUAAUCUGCUACCUAUCAGUGCUCCAUUUGGUGGUGCAAGACCCAAACAACCUACAAAUCUUAAACUGCAAAUUCCAAAGCCAUUAUCGGACCAUUUACAAAAUGACCUUGUUCCCCCAAACUGUGGAGGUAAUACUAAAAAUAAAAAUGAUAUCUUCGGUAAGGCAAAAAUAGGGGAAACCUUGGCAACAGAUAUGUUUCCUGAUGAGACUUCAUUAAAUGCCUCUAUUACUGAUACUACUGGGGAACAUUUAGAAGAGUAUGAGUCUGGGGUGUCUAGUAGUCCGUGCCUUGCAGUAGCUCCAGAUAGUCCAGAUAAUGAUCUCAGAGCUGGUCAGUUUGGAGCUCCCACCAGAAAGCCAUUUACUACUUUAGGUGAGGUGGCUCCAGUUUGGGUUCCAGAUUCUCAAGCACCAAACUGCAUGAAGUGUGAGGCCAGAUUUACAUUCACCAAAAGGAGGCAUCAUUGCAGAGCUUGUGGGAAGGUUUUCUGUGCAGCAUGUUGCAGUCUGAAAUGCAAGUUGCUGUACAUGGACAGAAAAGAAGCCAGAGUGUGUGUAAUCUGCCAUUCAGUACUAAUGAAUGCUCAAGCCUGGGAGAACAUGAUGAGUGCCUCAAGCCAGAGUCCUAACCCUUCUCCUUUCCCUCCCUUGCAGCAAGCUCAGGCCUCAGGAGCCCUGAGCUCUCCACCUCCCACUGUGAUGGUACCUGUGGGAGUUUUAAAGCACCCUGGAGCAGAAAUGGUUCAACCCAGAGAGCAAAGACGGGUUUGGUUUGCUGAUGGGAUAUUACCUAAUGGAGAAGUUGCUGAUGCAGCAAAACUGACAGUGGCUGGGACAACUCCUACAGGAACCCUAGCAGUGUCGCAUGAUCCAACCAAACCUGUGACCAACAGCACUUUAGCAGUAGAGACUGAUAACACUUCUGGAUUCUCGGGAAGCAUAACUCAGGUUGGCAGUCCAGUUGGCAGUGCGAUAAACCUGAUCCCUGAAGAUGGUCUUCCUCCCAUUCUGAUCUCCACUGGAGUAAAAGGAGACUAUGCUGUAGAAGAAAGACCUUCCCAGAUCUCUGUGAUGCAGCAGCUGGAAGAUGGCAGCCCUGACCCUCUUGUGUUUGUUUUAAAUGCAAAUUUACUGUCCAUGGUUAAAAUUGUGAAUUAUGUGAACAGGAAGUGCUGGUGUUUCACUACAAAGGGAAUGCAUGCAGUGGGGCAGUCAGAAAUAGUGAUUCUCCUGCAGUGUUUGCCUGAUGAGAAGUGUUUGCCAAAGGACAUCUUUAAUCAUUUUGUGCAACUUUAUCGUGACGCGUUGGCAGGUAAUGUCGUGGGCAGCUUGGGACACUCCUUUUUCAGCCAAAGCUUUCUGGGCAGUAAGGAGCAUGGUGGAUUCUUAUAUGUGACCUCUACAUAUCAGUCGCUGCAGGACCUGGUGCUCCCAACUCCACCCUACUUGUUUGGGAUUCUCCUUCAGAAAUGGGAGACUCCCUGGGCUAAAGUGUUCCCCAUCCGACUGAUGCUGAGACUUGGAGCUGAAUACAGACUUUAUCCAUGCCCACUUUUCAGCGUCAGAUUUCGUAAACCAUUGUUUGGGGAGACUGGACACACAAUUAUGAAUCUUCUUGCAGAUUUCAGAAAUUACCAGUAUACUUUGCCGGUGGUCCAAGGUUUAGUGGUAGACAUGGAAGUGAGAAAAACCAGCAUCAAAAUCCCCAGCAACAGAUAUAAUGAGAUGAUGAAAGCCAUGAACAAGUCUAAUGAACAUGUUCUAGCCGGCGGAGCAUGCUUCAAUGAGAAAGCAGACUCCCACCUAGUGUGUGUCCAGAAUGACGAUGGGAACUAUCAGACGCAGGCCAUCAGUAUUCAUAAUCAGCCAAGAAAGGUGACUGGUGCCAGCUUCUUUGUGUUCAGUGGAGCUUUAAAAUCCUCUUCUGGCUAUCUUGCUAAGUCUAGUAUUGUUGAAGAUGGUGUAAUGGUCCAGAUAACUGCUGAGAAUAUGGACUCCUUGAGGCAGGCUCUGAGAGAGAUGAAAGACUUCACUAUUACUUGUGGCAAAGUAGAUGCUGAAGAACCUCAGGAACAUGUUCAUAUUCAGUGGGUGGAAGAUGACAAAAAUGUUAACAAGGGUGUUGUAAGCCCCAUUGAUGGCAAAUCCAUGGAGUCUAUAACCAGUGUGAAGAUAUUUCAUGGCUCGGAGUAUAAAGCAAAUGGAAAGGUGAUUAGGUGGACAGAGGUGUUUUUUCUGGAGAAUGAUGACCAACAUAAUGGUCUAAGUGACCCAGCAGAUCAUAGCAGACUGACUGAGAAUGUGGCCAAGGCUUUCUGUUUAGCUCUCUGUCCUCACCUUAAGUUAUUGAAGGAAGAUGGAAUGACUAAACUUGGUUUGCGUGUUACACUUGACUCGGAUCAAGUUGGCUAUCAAGCUGGGAGUAAUGGACAGCCACUGCCCUCUCAAUACAUGAAUGACCUGGACAGUGCCUUAGUUCCAGUGAUUCAUGGAGGAGCAUGUCAGUUGAGUGAGGGGCCAGUCAUAAUGGAGCUCAUCUUUUAUAUUCUGGAAAACAUCUCAUAAGGACUUCAUUUUUUGUUCAGACCUGUUCCAGCAGCAGUUGUAUCUGAAUCAUUUGCACUUUAAAACUGGAAGAUUAAGCUUUUUGUUAACACUAUGGGGAGAGGGGGGGAGUUGUUCCAUAAUUCUAAAUCUUCUAUGCAUUGUCAACAAACAGAGGAUCAGGGCAGCUUCUAUACUACAAAAUGUCUAUGCUAUCCUUGCAGCUAAUACACUUCUGUUACUGUUUAGAAAAAUAAUGCUCAUGUUUAAAGACUUAAUUACAGUCAUGUACUCUAAAUGCUCAAACGGGUGCAAAGAUCACUGGGGCGUAAAUAAAAGAUGAAAUGUCAAAUUUGUACUGUUUGUAGAUGGACAUAUAAGAAACAAUCAAGACCUCCAUUCUGACCUCAUCCUAAUGCCGUUUGUGGUUAUUCUGUAGACAUUAAAAAGUAAUGUUUACAUUAUUUUAACCAGAUUAUUGGUUGAAGUACAUCAGAGAUACUUGGAUAUGCCUAGAGACAUGCAUGGGAAAGUUACCUAGCCAAAAAAUAUAGCAUAUGAUUGAAAGAAAGGGCAUCCCUCUGUCGGUGGUAUAUAAUUUAAACUUGCAGUUCUGUAUGUAUAUUAGGCUAAUAUAUGUAUUUUCCCUACUUGUUACAAAACUUGUCACCUCAGAUUUCUAUAACCUAGAAAUACUUUGCCAUUCUGUAUUUUGUUUACAUUUCUGUAUGAAUGUCACAGGUAUGCACCUGUCAAAGGUAAAAGAAAAGUUAGCUCUAAAGUACAGUUAUGGUAUUUCUGUUCCCCCAGUAGGUCCUGCUUUUUAAAGAGACGUAACACCCAGGGCACUUUUGUAAGUCUCCUCAUUGCUGUAGACUGUAGUGUAACACUAGUAUCACAUAAUGCAACUUGCACUUAACUUUUCAUAUUAGCAGCACCAUGUAAAGCUUGCACCCAUGACAAAAAGCACAAAGUGGCUGUUUGUUGCAUGUUGUGCUACACAAGGCUUUGGUUCAGAAAACUUGCACUUGGCCUCACCUACAAAGGGCAAUUGAGGGGAGCAGCUGCUCAACUCCUGCUGUACAGCAUUAGGAAAAGGCGGAACAGCCAGAAAGAAUGGCUGUUAAUUAAAUUUCCAUCCCUAGAAAAUGGCUAGCAACUGGGAAGAGCAAUGAGCUACUUAACUGUUACAACCCACUCUAGGGAGGUAACAGGAAGGGCCAACAAAACACCAGUAGAGGAAAGCAUCAGCUGGGAGAAGGGAAACACCUAUAGUGGUAGCAAUGUAUUUUAAAAAAGCAUAUCCUAGCUGUCCAGGCACUGAAUGCAAUUGAGUGAUUGGCUAGUGCUAUUUUAAAAACAGUAAAAUCACCCACGUGCAGUCUAGAAAAUUCCAGCUGUCACCUCAACACAUGUUUGGAAGAACUAGGUUCAACUGAAUUAGUAAAAAAAAUAAAAGGGGGGAGAGCCGUAGUCUCACUUUUUGUUUGCAUUUAUAUUAAAAUGAACCUUACCUCUGUCAUUUAGUAAUAGGUGGUAUGUGCUACUCCUAAAAUGUUUCUGGCUGAUCAGUUUAAGUUCCUACACAGAAAUCCAAGAAGCAUUUUCAUUUGUUUUGCUAUAAAAAAAAUUAAGUUUGACUUGAGUUGCUUUUAAAUUCCCUACAACAUAUUUUGUUUUUGCACACUCUUGAGUAUUGAUAUACAUGUCUACAGAGUGUAAGUUAGACUGUCUGAAAGCUCUUGAUUGACAACUAAAAAAAUCCUACUGCUGGAAACUAUUCUAGCUUUGCUGUAGCAGAAGCUUUUCAGUUACUUUAGUUCCAUUAAGUUAUGCUUACUGAGGCUAAAAAACCCAAUCUUCUCUUCCUUACCCCUAAGAGUCACUUAGGUUUGGGUUAUGGUUAUGCAAAUCACUGUUGACUGGUGACUGAAUUGUUUGCUUCAAUUAUAGCCUUUUAAAUGACCUUAAAAUUACCAUAUUCAGAAAAUGAGAACUUGUUUUAGAAAAAAAUUGUACUUUUAAAAUUCAGUUAGUUAACACUGCAAAAAACUGCAUAUUAUAUUUUUAUUUUCAACAUGUAGUUUUGUAUAUUAAAUUUAUUGAAAUUAAACUAAAUACUGUAUUGUUUUCAACCCUUCAGUAAGCAGAAGUGCUACCUUAA